CCUUUUUGUGUAGGCUGCAGAAACUGCUAGCUUGGAAGAGCAGUUGCAAGGAUGGGGAGAAGUGAUUCUGAUGACCGAUAAAGUUCUUCGCUGGGAGAGAGCCUGGUUUCCUCUGGCACUGAUGAGUGUUGUUUCCUUUUCUUUUCUGAUGAUCUACUACUUGGACCCCUCAGUUCUUUCAGGCGUCUCCUGUUUUGUUAUGUUCCUCUGUUUGGCUGAUUAUCUUGUUCCUGCUCUUGCACCUAGAAUCUUUGGCUCUAAUAAAUGGACUACAGAACAGCAGCAAAGAUUUCAUGAGAUUUGCAGCAGUUUGGUAAAAUCUCGUCGCCGAAUUGUUGGCUGGUGGAAACGUCUCUUUGCACUGAAGGAAGAAAAGCCUAAAAUGUACUUCAUGACCAUGCUUUUUUCUCUUGCUGUGGUUGCCUGGAUUGGACAGCAAGUUCACAAUCUCUUUCUGACCUAUCUUAUUGUGAGCUUGUUGUUGCUGUUUCCUGGACUAAACCAGUAUGGGAUCAUUACAAAGUAUGUUGGAAUGGCGAAAAGGGAGAUAAACAAACUUCUCAAGCACAAGGAGAAGAAAAAUGAAUGAAGACUUAACUGCUGUUCACUCUUGUAAAAGGUUUCCUUGGGAACACUUUAGAGAAUUAACGUAUAAUUAAGACAAUAGGAGUUGUAUUGCUCACUGGCUUUUUUUUUAUUGGCUCCCUGAUGAAGUGAAAAUGUCACUCUAGCAAUUGCUGUGGGUUUGUGUCUCUCUUGCUUGCUGACUAGGGUUUUGCAGCCCGCAGCUGAUCUUACGUGAAAGAUCUCAGCCUUUGAUGUACGGAGCUUAUUAAGUGUCUUCACCAAACUAAGAGGCCCCAUGAAUAAAUACCC